AUGGAUGACUCUCUGGAAAAGCCUUCAUCUGUUGCGAAGCCCGAAAGUAGUGAGGAAAGAGGAGAGGAGGACGAGCAAUCUUCUGGAGAUGAAGACCAAGGACCAGAUUGGACCAAAUUGCCGUCCGGAAUUGCUCGUCCGGUGAUCCCCAAGCGUGGCGAGAAAGAUUUCGAGCCCAAUGUCACUGGUGGUUCUAAUCUGCAGCGUCAUGUGUUGGAUCGGUCGCGAAAUGCGAUGUUUGACGCGUUGAGAGCUGCACCCGGCAUUUCCAGCAAAUCUGUCAGUCAUGCCGUAUGGUAUCCAGAUAUUGCUCGGGCGCAUGUCACGGUAGCAAGAGGAGUUCACUUCGCAAACAUGGGUCACUCCGUAGCCAGAACGUCCACAGUUCGUGAUGGAAUGAAAAGGGCGCAGAAAAGGUUGGAAUUGCUCCCGGAGGAAGCGCUCUAUCUUGUAGAGAGAGGCGCAAUGUUCUGCUGGGAAGCAAGUGAUGCGCAGUACGCCGACAUUGAUGCUAUGGAAGACUCUGAGGGAGUCCCCAUGAGCGUGCAGCAAGCUUUUGCUGAGAUGGUCGGUAAAGAGGAUUUAACACUCGAGAAAUACCAGGUUUUUGCCUAUCUGAGACGAUUAGGUUAUAUGGUGAUGCGGACCAAGCCUCCGUCUUCAGACUAUCCAACCCCGCUGCCUGUGAAUACGAAGGUGCAAGUGCCGACAUCAAUCCUUGGGAUUCUGUACUCCGGUGUACGGUCUGCAAUCUCCAGACUAACACGCAUUUUCUCUCGCGCGUUUGAUUGGUGGAGGCCUCUUCUAUUCAACCGCUGGCUUCACUACAAUAUGGACUACCAUUCUAUAUUCAAAUCGCUACGGUUUUUGCCUUCAGGGUUCGAUGCGCCUCUUCACGUGCAACAGUCACCGAAUAACCCCCCUUCCCCGUAUGAAAUAUUCUACAAUCUGUACAAGCCGUCGACACCAUUUAAAAAAACGGCACCUCCACCCCCAGAUUUCUCCGUAGUCGUCGUGAACGCCAGGACGACACCUAUGCCCUCGUUGACGGAGCUCACGGCCCUGUUCGACGUCCUACCCGAACUGCCGCCUCCCGUCCCCCGCAAGCGCAUCUCUUACGCGCAACAAAAGCAAGAAAGGGCAGCACCGGCGCCCACCCCUUCUGCUCCCCCUUUCGGAAAAUUACCGCUGUGGCGUCGAAUAAUUUCAUGGGGCCUCAAGCCUCCGUCUACCCCCGCGGCCCCUCCACGGAACCCAAACCCGUUCUUGGCGCUGAAGACGGGGAAGAAGAUGGUCGUUGUCGCGGCGGUGGAUGCGGGGACCAUAAGUUUCUUCAGGUUUGGUCAAGGUGCAUUUAAUGAAUGGCCUAUGCAAUGA